AUGGAGUUUGGUUGCUUCAAUAGCAGAUCUACCUAUCGGAUAAAGAUACAGUGGAACAGUAAUAAGUUGCAUGGGGGUAACAUGAGCGGUUCCCAAAUCUUAGAUCCCAACACAACUAGUGUAGCCUGCAAUAUGAACAUAAAGGUUAAUGAUAUGGUGUAUAUGAUGGACAUAGUAAAGGAGUCUCAAGAUCAAAUGAUGAAAGAACUUCAUUCUAAAGGUACAAGAAUUGAGGAUAUUGCGGCUGUUCUGAAAAGAUCACCAAUACAUCCUCGAAUCGUCGAAGCCAUUAAAUCGGCUCAUGCUCUAGGAUGUGAUUUGAAGAAUGUGAGCGACGCAAACACUUUCUUCAUCGAGACAAUCUUGGAACAUCACGGCCUAAAGGAAUGCUUUUUGGAGAUCAAUACGAACCCUGGAUUUGUCGAUCAACAAGGCAGGCUCAGGAUCUUCCCUCAUCAUGAUUUCACCAAAUCUUCUCAUGGAUGUCAGCAUCCCAGCUGCCUUCCAAAUAUGAUCCAAGCAUCUCUAUCUAUGGAGGACCCAAAGAAAACAAAAAUCUACCUUGGCGAUGGGCUUGGUGAUUUUUGCCCAAGUUUGAAGCUUGGUGAUGGAGACUAUGUGAUGCCGCGGAAAGAUGUCCCAGUUUGGGACUUGAUUUGCAAAAACCGGAGUCUAAUUAAGGCACAAAUAUGUGAAUGGAGCAAUGGGGAGGAGUUUAAAACUGUAUUACUCCACCUUAUUAGCCGAAUUAUUUCGGUAGAGGGAAACAACACUAGUGCCAAUAUUGAUCAGCUCUAUUCAGUUGAUUGCAAACUAGAAACGAUGUCGUUGCCUGCCGCCACUGGCCCUGAAACCUUCCCUCAAUCCCUUCAUGUUCUUCAUUAGAAGCUGAACGUCAAAAUGGGCAAUGAAGUUGAUGUCUUUUA